CUCAAGUUCAUUUUCAACCAAAAUGAAGAUCGCAUCACAGCUACUGUUUUACCUCGCUUUGCAUACCUUACACGCUAUUCAACAGGCACUAUCCAAUCCUGUGAAUCAUGUGCCGCAGAAACCCACAAGGUCUCGACGAAUCGAAUCUUACUUUAAUUUGAAUACUAAAUCGUUGGAUAGCCUUGAGACCUCCCAAUCGCGUUCCACCGUUGCUCUAGAGCCGGGAAAGCUAGAGAGGUUGCGCCCCACAAUGGUAAAAAAUGGAGCCGAAAUGAACGCAAUGGAAGCCGAGCACAAACGCAUUGAAUACCUGAUCGAAGCUGUCAAAAAGAGAGACAAGAUCCUUGGGGAUAGUUUGGAAGAGUUUUAUGGCCACUUAAAGAUGCCGGCACGAGCAAGAUUGUAUGACCUCUGCACAGAUUCACCAUUGGCUCUCUGUGCGCGCCAUCCCGCUAUUCAAGCUCCCAGUCCGGCCUUAACCAAGCCUUCUUCCUGCGAGGAAGCGGGGACUCUGUCAGCUCCAGCCCACCUGAUUGGAAGAUUAUUCAAUUGUCUCGGGCUCGAUUUCCUAAUUAAUCAAGAUGAAACUCGUAUUUCAAAGAUCCCCAGACUGAGCGACUCCAUCAAUUCAAUACCCUUACAAGAUGAAGCGCCAACUAGGAAUUCCCGGACUCUGGGUACGCUUACCUGCAAAAAUGUCAAUCAAGAGGGAGUCUCAAAGAUGAAAAAUGAAGGUGAAGAAAUUGAAUUGCACGGAGAACCACUUCGUAUAAUUCAAUACAUGGUUUCUCCUUUAGAUGACAUGUGGGGGAGAUUAGAAUCAUUCAUGCUCUGUGACUUAAAUCUCAGUGCCAAGGACCCCUUGCUUGCCAAGUGGUCCGCGAAUCGCCAUGCAAGAUUGUAUAACGAAAGUAGGAAACUCGCUAUAAGUCGUGGGGAUAUCAGAAGGUUGAAUAAUAUGAAAAAAGACUGGGACAUGUUAUAUUAUGUGGAGGCUGUGUUUCGUCUAGCUGAGUAUAUCAGCAAGUACGACUUAUUGCCCCCAAACUUCAUCUCAAAAAUCAAAAUUUUAGAGACAAAUAACCUUGUGCCGGCAAUCAAGGCCCAAAUUUCUGCAAACACAUGA